AUGAUCAAAGAAUUAACUAUCAAAAACAUUGCAGUUAGGAAUGGCAAGCGCAUUAGAAACUUUAUGUGGUCAAGCAUACGGAGCAAAACAAUUUCCCAUCCUUGGCAUCUAUCUUCAAAAAUCAUGGAUUGUCUUAUUCAUGUGCACGUUUUGCCUCGUCCCAGUUUUUAUAUUUGCUGCUCCAAUAUUGAAACUUUUAGGCCAAGAAGACAAGACAGCGAACAUGGCUGGGAUCAUAGCUCGUUGGUUAAUCCCGGUUAUUUUCGCUUUCAUCUUGUCUUUCACUUGCCAAAUGUUUCUUCAAGCACAAAGCAAGAAUAUGAUUAUUUCUUACUUGGCCGCAUUCUCACUUACCAUACACAUCUUUUUGUCGUGGCUAUUAACCGUCAAGUUCAAGUUUGGUAUUCCCGGGGCGAUGGUUUCGACCAUCUUGGCUUAUUGGCUACCUAAUGUCGGCCAAAUCGCUUUCAUCACUUGUGGCAGUUGUAAAGACACAUGGAAUGGUUUUUCGUGGUUGGUUUUUAAGGAUUUGUUUCCUAUUAUAAAAAUCUCAUUAUCAUCCGGUGUCAUGAUAUGGUAUGUUUUUUUUUGUUUUUUUUUUUGUAUUGGACAAUAAUUCUAACUUGAUUAAUUUACAAUUAUUCGACAGCCUCGAGUUUUGGUACAAUACGAUAUUGGUUCUCUUAACGGGGAACUUAAAGAACGCCGAGGUGGCCAUUAAUGCACUUUCUAUAUGGUGAAGAGUUUUUUUUAUUAAUUCAUAAUUUUAAUUGAUCACCAAAAUAUUCAAGA